AUGCGGGGCGGAGGGAGGGAGGAGGCGGCGAGGGCCUCGAGGCGAGGAGGCUGUGAUACAGACGAAGACUCAAUAGAGAGGAUGAAUAUAAAGUCAGCCGAAAGGAAAAAUAUGGAUGGAUGCACAAUCGAGAGCAUCGCUGUCGGGCUGCUCCUCUCUGGGCCAGAAUUUGUAGGGGCCGCCUCCCCCUGCCCCACCCAUUGCAGCUGCUCCAAUCAGGCCAGUCGAGUCAUCUGUACGAGACAGAGUCUGGAUGGGGUGCCUGAGAGCAUAUCAGUCAACACACGAUACCUCAACCUGCAAGAGAAUUCAAUAGAGGUUAUCAAGUCAGACACCUUCAAGCACUUGAGGCACCUUGAYAUCCUGCAGCUGUCUAAGAACAAAAUCAGUCAGAUUGAGGUGGGAGCAUUCAAUGGCCUGCCCAACCUCAAUACGCUGGAGCUGUUCGACAACCGCCUCACCCUGGUCCCCUCACAGGCKUURGAGUACCUCAGCAAGCUGCGGGAGCUGUGGUUACGGAACAACCCCAUCGAGACGCUGCCGGGCUACGCCUUCCACCGCGUGCCCUCGCUGCGCCGGCUGGACCUGGGAGAGCUCAAGAAGCUGGACUACAUCUCAGACGCCGCCUUCGUGGGCCUGGUCAACCUGCGCUACCUGAACCUGGGCAUGUGUGGUCUGAAGGACAUCCCCAACCUGACGGCCCUGGUGCGUCUGGAGGAGCUGGAGCUGUCUGGGAACCGUCUGGAGAUCAUCCGAGAUCAUAUCACUACCGGCCUGGCCCUUUCCAGGGCCUGGUGGUCGCUCCCUGUGGCUGAAGGAAGGGCUGGCAGUAAACUAUCGCUGCUGCGCCGCUGCACGUCCCCAGCGCGAGGGAGGUACAUCGGGAGCGGACCAGAGCCCAUUCACCUGCUACGCUCCCGGUCAUCGUGGAGCGACACCCGCACCUUCAAGUUACCGAGGGCGCAUGGGUGCAGAGCGAAGUGUCGCACGGGCACAAUGACCUCAGGUCCAACUGCGAUCACGCCCCCAACGGGCACCCUGAUGACCUCACGGCUCCUAACGGUCGAUCUCCGUGCUGCACGACGGGAUGGGGGCUCUACCCACCGCUCUCCGUCAAGCACUGGUCUUGUCUCGCUCCUGGGCCACCCGCCACCUUUUGUGCCAUCACUGCCCGAGACGGGCUACUUUGGCCUUGAUGACGGAUGA